GAAACAACCUAAAACUCCGAAUCCAUCCAAAAAUUUAAUCGAAGCUUGGCUUCCAGCUUUCUACAAAAUUUAUCUGUCCGGGCUGGGAUCCAAAAUUAUUUAGCCAAUCAAAUUUAAUCUUACAUAGCGUCAAAAAACCUUCAAUUUUCACGCCAUUUUUAAAAAGCAGCAAGUAUUGCUUUGAGCGGAAAGAUGUUAUGGUGAUUUCAUGAAUUCUUUUCAAUAAAUCAUAUUUACAUUGACUUUUAAUUUAACGAUUUCACCAGUUUUCUUUAUAGAAAGUUUUCGUUUGGUUAAUUAACAUAAGUGUACAUCUGGUUCUGUGCAUUUUUUCAUUUUCUUUUUUUUCCGGUCAUUUUAUCAUUUCCGGUAUUUACUGUAUGUUUUUACUCUCCAAUGCGGAGGUUCGCGCUUAAAUGUUGUAGAACAUUGGAAGACACCUUUAUUUCCGGUAAUUUAUUGACUCUUCAAUGCGGAGGUUUCGCGCUUAAAUGAUGUAGUGUGGAGCAUUGGAAUGGAAAACAAAAUAAAUAUGGAGGCAAUUACACUAGAUAAGAUUUUGAAAGAAAAGGGUGAAACAUCUCUAAGUUUCAUAAAGGUUAAGGUUCUCUUAUCAAAGGAAGUUGUGAAAUACACAAAUAAGGCUGGUGAUGCUGUCAUGAAAGAAGUCACUAUCGCAGAUGAAACAUCAUAUACUAAAGCUAUAGCUUUUGAUGAAAGGAAAUUCCCAGCUCUAGUAGAAGGAGAAGCAAUCAUCAUAACAAAUGCAAUAAAAAAGGAAGAUGGCACAAUUAUCAUCACAUCUAAAACGGACAUAUUUGUAACAAGUUCAGACAUGGUUGUUGUACCUGAUGCUGUUGUGAAAGAUGCAACUCUCCAGAAAACAAAUGACAUACUUACAGCAUCAUUGUCGCCAAAAAAAAGUGUUUUGUCUGUUAAAGGAAAAGUUGUCAAGACUUCAACAACUGUAAGAAAAAGGCUUUCUUCAGGUGAAGGUGAAGUUAACUUCAAAAAACUAAAAAUUAAAGACAAAACAGGAUUGAUUGAAGUAGGUCUAUGGCGGGACAUGGCAGAAACUUCCAUAAAACCUGGAGAUCAUGUGGAAUUACAAAAUUUCUAUGUGUCAUCUAGAUACGAUAAAAUGAAGAAAAUGAAUACACCUCUGGUCGCUAAUCAAAGGAAAAAAUCUUCAAUUAAGUUCUACACAGUUGACAGUGAUGAUGUAUCCUCUGGAUGUAGUGACUUUGAAGAUGAAGAUGUUUCCAAAUCCAUUGGAAAUAUCAUUGGGAUACAACAGCUUCACACUUACAAAGCCUGUAUCAACAAUUCAUGCAGCUACAAAAAACUAGACAGUCACAACAAGUGUGUAGUUUGUGGAGUACAAUAUUCCACAGAAAGUGCAGCUGAUGGAUAUGUUGGGAAAUUUCUAGUCCAGCAAGAUGACAGAUUUAGUGUAUUAACAUUCUUCACACAGGCUUUAAAAGAACUAUUAACAUCCUUGAAAAUUUCUCAACAGGACAACAUAAACAAGGUUAUAAAAGAAAAACUGCCGCUGAAAAUCGAAUAUGUAGCUGAUGGUGAUAAAAUAAAAACCAUGCAGGCCGUCAAUUAAAAUGUAGGUAAAUUGAGGUUGUCUGCAAACCAACGGGUUAAAUAACCAAUAUAUUUCUUCUCUGUGCUAGUGAUAAAUCUCUCAAGGGAUUUUUAUUAAACUUUCAUUCAAACAUUUGAAGAAAUCUCAAACCGUUUUUAAACUGUGUAAGCAUGUGUUUUAUUUAACAUAAAGUAUGGAGGUUAUUAAUUGUUAAUGUUUGUAUACUAUGUACAUGUAACAUUUCCAAGUAAAAAUAAACAGGUAUAUCGAAAAAAAUUCAACAGGGAUGUUAUAUAGAGUACAU